AUGCCGCCGGUUGACACGGCUGCUGACGGUUGCGAUGCCCGGUGUGGCGGUGGCGGUGGCGGUGGCGGUGGCGGUGGCGGUGGCGGUGGCGGUGGCGGUGGCGGUGGCGGACAGUACCCUGAGGGUGCCCGGGUGGUCGACGAGGUGGGGCAUGCUGUCGAGGUCUAUCCGUCGCUCCUGGCCAGAGCCGGGCAGUAUGUCGACGGCAGUACGGUGAGCGAAGUGGCGGUGCCGAUGGUCUGUCUCACGGGUACCGUGCCCAUUGUUUACCAGGGCCAGCGGUACAACCUGCCAAUCACUCUCUGGCUCCGGCACGACUACCCGUACUCACCGCCCGAGACGUACAUCACCCCGGCGCCCAACAUGACCUUCAAGGUCGGCCACCCGCACGUCGAUCUUGCUGGCCGCUGUCGCCUUGAGUACCUCGACCAGUGGAACGGUGAUAAUGGCUCAUCGCUCGUCGCGCUUCUCGUCCACAUGUCCGAUGUGUACUCGAUCGACCCGCCGCUGUACUCCAAGCCGCCCGAGCCUGCAACUGCGCCUGCACUGGCGUUCACUCUACCUAUAUCUCAUGCGAGUCCCAAUGUCAGUGUUGGAGGCCCGCCGCCGAUGCCACCUCCACCAGCGUUUGACGAUCGCCCGGCACCACCGGCUUAUGACGAGCCUCCACCUGUUGCCGCUGCCAACGCCGACGCCGACGCCGUCGAUGCUGCCGACGUUGCGCAUGCUACCCGUGAGCAGGAGCAGGAGCAGGAGGCUGCGAUUAUGCUUGAGUCGCUGCAGAGCGCGGUGCGCGAAAAGCUGACGCGUGCGCUGCAGACGUUUGAGCUCGAGGCGAACCAUGACGUGGCGCGGCUCUGCGAUCUGGAGAGCAGGUUCAAGGAUGGGCGGAGCCAGCUGGAGACCGGUAUUAUGCGCUUGGAGGCCGAACUGGCGGCAACCCGGCAAGCGUGCCAUAUGAUUGCACGUACCACCGACGAGGCGCAGGCCGUGAUCGAGACUGAGCUCGCACGCCCGCCGUACAGCGUCGAUGCCGACAUCGUCCCGGCCACACCGCGCCAACAGCAGCUGCUGGACGCCGUGGCAGAGAACAUGGCCAUCGAGGACGCAUUUUACUUUCUCAACCGCGCCCUACAAACUGGCAUCAUCCCGCUUCCGCAAUUUCUCAAGGAGGUUCGCGUUCUCGCGCGUUCUCAGUUUCUUGCGCGUGCCGUCCUUAAUCGGCUGCACCGGUAGGUGUGCCCAGCUCGGGGACUAGCCCGGUCAGGGACCAAAGGAGGUGUUGAUGUCGAAUGAGUACAACGAGUGAGGUCAUAAUGAAGCCGAGGAUCCGAGCAGGUCGUCCAGCGAGUUGCUCCCAUCAUCGCUCUCGUCAUCGCUCCCUGAAUCGUCGUCAUCGCUCUCGUCAUCGCUCCCUGAAUCGUCGUCAUCGCUCCCUGGAUCCUCGUCAUCGACACCGGCAUUGCUCCCUACGUUGUCUUUGUCGACGACGCCUCCAUCACCGCCAUCGCCUUCGUCACGAACCCCUUCACCGUCCGCAACGACACGGCGCCUUGCCUUGGCCAGCGGCACAUGCGUUCGCGCCUCGACCGACUCAUGCAGCAGCGGGACAAGCGCGGCAUUGGCAGCGACGACACUCGGCGUCUCCAGAUGAGUAUUGAGGGCAGCAAGCGAGGCCCAAGACUCAAUCACCGUAUACUGCGGCCGCUCCAGCCCCGGGCCACCCACCACGCGCAAGAUCUCGUACCGGGUGCACCCGGCCUGCCCCGCC